UGAAAAAAAAACCCCCCCCAUGCCGUCGUUGGCCCUUUCUCUCUUUCUCACUCACACACAUCCUCUUCAAACUACGAAUCGAUCAGCUUUUCGAAUCACUCCUUCGGUAGAACAUCAAAGAGACAUCGGACUCAUUUAUCGACUCCAGGGACAUCGGACAGCAUACUCAUCCCUCCCGCCAUCAUCACAAAGGAUCCAGUAGCACACAACCAUGGCUGAAGCUACAUCCACUGCCACACCCAACGUCCCCUUCUUUAAGAAGCGCAAUCAGAGCAAGAACGUCCGGAAACGCAACCUCUCUGACGAUGAAGGCAUCAGCCCCGAUGCCUCCUCAGCUCCUUCGUCCGGUCUCGGCCAUAGCACUCUUUCCUCGGUCUCUAAAAAGCGCAGCGUCAAACGAGCACCCCAAACCUCCACAUCGGACAUUCUUCAGUCCUCCUCCACAAGCAACGCCAACCGACUGGCCGCCAAGGACGACGAUGUAAAGAGCAUUGGUGUGGCCUACAAGGCCACAUUAGGAGGUAAUGUUAGGAUCGAUGAUGCUACAAGGAUACAGGAGAUCGACACAGCUCAUGACCGGGACGCACAGGCCGUUAUCGAUCGGCAUUUGAGGGCUGUCGAGAAUGGACUUGAGGAUACAGCGGCAGGAGGCGAUGGACUCUACAAGGGCAUGGCCGCAUACAAGUCGCAUAUUCAGAAAGGAGAGGUCACCAACUCAAAGAUCAGAGUGGGACCUAUGCGUGCCUCCUCCAAUAUCCGUGUCACGAACCGGUUCGAUUACCAACCCGACAUCUGCAAAGACUACAAGGAAACCGGAUACUGUGGUUAUGGCGAUUCUUGUAUCUACAUGCACGAUCGUGGCGAUUACAAGGCAGGAUGGCAGCUUGACCAGGAAUGGGAAGCUGAGCAACGGGCCAAAAAAGCAGCCCUGAUCGAGGGGCUUGAUGGCGAUAGCGAGAGCUCGAGCGAUGAUGACGAUGAGGUGCCCUUUGCAUGCUUGAUCUGUCGUGGGGAUUUUAAGCACCCUGUUGUCACCAAAUGCAACCACUACUUCUGCGAAAAGUGCGCAUUAAGUCGCUACAGGAAGACCCCGAAAUGUGCGGCCUGCCAGGCUCCCACUGGAGGACUUUUCAACGCUGCUUCAAAGGACUUUAUGAAUAAGGUUGCAGAACGGAAAGCCAAGAUUGAGGAAUCGAAUCGUCGGAGGGCUGAAGAUGAUGCUGCUGCCGCUGCUGCCGCGGACCCUGCAGGCGGUAUGGCUGCAUUGAACACAGAAGAGGAUACAGGCAUGAUUGAAGAUCUGAGCGUUGUCGGCAUGGGCGGCACCCCGAAUUUACCGGAAGGCGGAAGCGAUGAUAGUGACGACGAUGAUGAUAGCGAUUGAAUCCUGGGGCAAUAAAUUUUGAAUUGAUAGUACUCGA